AUGUUUUUGUAUAAUCUGACCAUCAAUCCAUCCACUGCCAUUAACCAAGCUAUUCAUGGUAAUUUUUCGGGCACGCGUCAACAAGAAAUUAUUGUGGCUCGACAAACACGUCUUGAAUUAUUAAAACCCGAUGCCACAUCUGGCAAAGUACAUACUGUUCUCUCACACGAAUGUUUUGGACUUAUUCGUACUAUAGCUCCUUUUCGUUUAACAGGUGGCACCAAAGAUUAUAUUGUGGUGGGUUCUGAUUCAGGUCGUAUUGUGAUUUUAGAAUACAAUCCUACCAAAAACACGUUUGAUAAAAUUCAUCAAGAAACGUAUGGUAAAACAGGCUGUCGUCGUAUUGUGCCUGGCCAAUAUUUAGCUGCUGAUCCCAAGGGACGUGCAGUCAUGAUUGGUGCUGUCGAGAAACAAAAAUUGGUCUAUAUCUUGAACCGUGAUUCAGCUGCCAACCUGACUAUUUCUUCACCACUAGAAGCACAUAAGAGUCAUACAGUACAUCAUCAUAUUGUCGCUGUCGAUGUUGGAUUUGAAAACCCCAUGUUUGCUUGUCUCGAAGUCGAUUAUACAGAUGCAGAUAGUGAUCCUACAGGCCAAGCAGCCAAAGAAGCAGAAAAGAUGUUGACGUACUAUGAACUUGAUUUGGGCUUGAAUCAUGUCGUUCGAAAAUGGAGCGAACCUGUGGACCGUCAAGCGAAUCUGUUGAUUCCUGUGCCUGGUGGUAAUGAUGGACCUUCAGGUGUUUUGGUCUGCAGCGAGAAUUUCAUUGCUUACAAGCAUCCUGAACUAGAAGAACUACGUAUCCCUAUUCCUCGCCGUGCUCAACCACUUGAAGACCCUACACGCGGCAUCAUCAUUGUCACAUAUGCAGUCCAUCGUAUGCGUGUGGAUAAAAAGACCCAAUUCUUUUUCUUAUUACAGUCAGAAGAAGGCGAUCUUUACAAGGUCACUAUGGACCAUGAUCAAGGUGCUGUGAAUGGUUUGACAAUCAAGUAUUUUGAUACGAUUCCUAUUGCUACUUCACUCUGUAUUCUGAAGAGCGGGUUCUUGUUUGUGGCUAAUGAGUUUGGAAACCACCAUCACUAUUUCUUUGAAAGCCUUGGUGAUGAUGACGAUGACCCAGAAAUCUCUUCUGCAGAUUAUAUGGAAGCAGAAGCAGAACAAGAAGAAAGACCCUUGGUUUACUUUAAACCACGUCCCUUAAAGAACCUCUCGCUUGUAGACGAAUUGAGCUCCAUGGCUCCCCUGAUGGAUGCUAAAGUACUGAAUUUGGCAGAUGAAGAAACCCCUCGUAUCUAUUCUAUCUGUGGUAGAGGGUCCAGAUCCACAUUCCGUAUCUUGAACCAAGGUCUAGAGGCUUCUGAGCUGGCUGUCAGUGAAUUGCCAGGUAAUCCAAGUGCUGUCUGGACAACGAAGCUGAAGGCAGAAGAUGCUUAUCAUGCCUAUAUCGUUGUUUCCUUUGCAAACGCUACCCUUGUGUUGUCGAUUGGUGAGACUGUAGAAGAAGUACAAGACACUGGCUUCUUGACACAGGAACCCACCUUGGCUGUCCAACAGAUGGGUGAUGAUGCCCUUAUUCAAGUUCAUCCCAAGGGUAUUCGACAUAUCUUGGCAGGGGGUCGAGUAAAUGAAUGGAAAGCACCUACAGGUCAAAAGAUCAUGGAAGCAGCUACCAACAGCCGUCAGAUUGCGAUUGCUUUAUCCAAUGGUGAAAUUGUCUAUUUUGAAUUGGACACCAUGGGUCAAUUGAAUGAACAUCAAGAACGUAAACAGAUGUCGACUGCCAUUUCUGCCUUGGCCUUGGGUGAUGUGCCUGAAGGAAGACAGCGAUCGCGUUAUUUGGCUAUCGGUUGUGAAGAUCAGACAGUCCGCAUCUUGAGUUUGGAUCCUGAUGCUUGUCUCGAACCUGUGUCGAUGCAAGCAUUACAAGGCGUUCCUUCCAGUCUUUGCAUUGUGGAAAUGAUGGACACAGGCAUUGAGCUAGGCCAUGGUACGACGUAUCUCAAUAUCGGUAUGUCCAAUGGUCUCUUGUUGCGUACUGCUCUGGACACCAUUACAGGUCAAUUGUCAGAUACGCGUACACGAUUCCUGGGUCCAAAGAGCGUCAAGUUAUUCAAGAUCCUUAUUCAAGGAUUGCCUGCUGUCUUGGCCUUGUCCACCAAACCUUGGGUAAGCUAUACGUUCCAGAACAGACUGUACUUGACUCCCCUCAGUUAUGAAAUGCUGGAAUACGGUAGUGCGUUUGUGAGUGAACAAUGUCCUGAAGGUGUGGUGGCUGUGGCAGGCAACACACUUCGUAUCUUUACAGUUGAAAAACUCGGUAAUGUGUUCAACCAGGUCUCUAUUCCUCUCAAAUACACACCACGCAAAUUCGCUCUUCAUCCACCUUCACGUACGUUUGUGGUCUUGGAAAGUGACCACGCUACUUACUCUGAUGCAGCCAAGACACAAGGUAUUCAUGACAAGGAACAAGAAGGAUUUGAGAUUGACCCUGAUAUCACGCACCUGGACCCUGUCCAAUUUGGUCAUGUACGCAACAAGCCUGGUCAAUGGGCUAGUUGUAUUCGUCUGAUUGAGCCUUUCCAAGGCCUUACGCUACAGACGAUUGAACUGGACGAGAAUGAAGCGGCCUUUAGUGUGGCCAUGGUUCAGUUCCGCCACAAUCCUCAUGCCACAGACCCUGCAGAGCAGUUCAUUGUGGUAGGCACAGGCCAAGAUGUGACAUUACAGCCUCGUGGCUGUACAGCAGGCUAUUUGCGUGUCUAUCGUAUCGUUCAAGGUCAAGACGGUCAAUUGUGCCUGACGUUUAUUCAUCGUACACCGAUUGAUCAAGUGCCUCAUGCUCUGCUUGCUUUCCAAGGUCGUUUAUUAGUCGGUGCAGGCAAAGCACUUCGUAUUUAUGAUAUGGGUAAGAAGAAGAUGUUGAGAAAGUGUGAGACCAAGACGUUUCCCAACUGCAUUGUGUCUUUGCAUAACCAAGGCCAUCGUAUCAUUGCGACAGAUGUUCAAGAAUCAGUGCAUUAUGUGAUCUAUAAACAUGCUGAUAAUCGUCUGGUGAUAUUUGCAGAUGAUACAGUGCCUCGUUGGAUGACAGCGUCUACAAUGGUGGAUUAUGAUACCAUUGCUGGUGGUGAUAAGUUUGGUAACUUUUUUGUGACUCGAUUACCACACACUAUUUCUCGAGAAAUAGAUGAGGAUACAACAGGCAAUCGUAUUUAUCAUGAAAAGGGAUACCUUCAAGGUGCUCCUAAUAAGGUGGAAAGUGCUUGUGAAUAUUUUGCAGGGGAUAUCAUCACAUCUAUUCAUCGCACUGCUCUUUUAUCAGGUGGUCGUGAAGUGUUGUUGACCACUUCCCUUUUAGGUGCUAUUUCAAUCUAUGUUCCCUUUUUAUCUAAAGAAGAUGUCGAGUUCUUUCAAAUGCUUGAAAUGCAUAUGCGUGCAGAAGCAUCUCCACUUGCUGGAAGAGAACAUUUACUCUAUCGAAGUUAUUACGCACCUGUCAAGAAUGUCAUUGACGGUGAUUUAUGUGAACAAUACAAUGCUUUGCCUGCUGAAAAGAGGCGUAUGAUUGCUGAAGAAUUAGAACGAUCUGUUGCUGAUGUACAAAAGAAGAUUGAAGAUAUCCGUAUGCGUUCAGGAUUCUAA